AUGGCUAGCCUGCGGCCGCCGCAAUGUCCCAGCUGCGGCAAUAUCUAUUUGGCGGACUCGGACUUUUGCAGGCACUGCGGAGAGAAGCGCGAGGACUUCGAUCCCUUCCGCCAGUUCUGCUCCGAGGUGAUCUCCAACGCUUCGGAGAACCUGUGCUUGCAAUACGAGCGUGAGAUCCAGCAGCUGACGACAGAUCUAGUGAACUGCCGAUCUCAGCUGUCCCGGUGCGCCGAGCUGCUGACGCAGCAGUUGGACAAGGAGAAGACCUACAGGGACAUCAUCCAGAAGCUUUCAGAGAGCAGCCUCAGAGUACUCCAAGCCCAGCCGCCCAGCCUGGAUGAAUCCAUGAAGCAGCAGAUGCAUCAAAUGCUGGAGGCCAUGCACGUCCAGAACGCCUCGCUGUUUGAGGAUGGCUUCGGCCAGCUUCAUCAGCACAAGGCCCUGGCGGAGACUCAUCUCAUGACCUCCUCCGAGCUCCAGAACCAGGGCGAGGCGGUGAGGCAUGAGCUCGAAAAUAUCCUGGCGAUCCUGAAGGCGCGUGCAAAGCGUUAA